AUGGGCGCCCCAAAAAGGAAGAGGUUUUAUCAGAAUGUCAGCAUCACACAGGGUGAAGGUGGCUUUGAGAUAAACCUGGACCACAGGAAGCUGAAAACUCCCCAAGCCAAGCUCUUUACCGUCCCCAGCGAGGCCCUGGCCAUCGCAGUGGCCACUGAAUGGGACUCCCAGCAGGACACCAUCAAGUUCUACACCAUGCACCUGACCACAUUGUGCAACACGUUUCUAGACAACCCUACCCAGCGAAACAAGGACCAGCUGAUCCAGGCGGCUGUGAAGUUUCUGGACACCGACACCAUCUGCUACAGGGUGGAUGAGCCAGCGACAUUAGUGGAACUUCAAAGGAACGAGUGGGACCCGAUCAUCGAAUGGGCCGAAGAAAGAUACGAUGUGGAGAUCGGCUCCUCCACCAGCAUAAUGGGGCCCAGCGUCCCAGCCAGGACUCGGGAAGUGCUCACCAGCCACCUGGCCUCUUACAACAUGUGGGCCCUACAAGGGAUUGAGUUUGUGGUGACCCAGCUCAAGUCCAUGGUGUUGACCUUGGGCCUGAUUGACCGGCGCCUCACAGUGGAGCAGGCCGUGCUGCUGUCACGCCUGGAGGAGGAGUACCAGAUCCAGAAGUGGGGCAACAUCGAGUGGGCCCACGACUACGAGCUGCGGGAGCUGCGGGCGCGCACGGCCGCCGGCACCCUCUUCGUCCACCUCUGUUCCGAGAGCGCCACGGUGAAACACAAGCUCCUGCAGCAGUGAGGCGGGGCGGGCAGCCCCAGCGGGACAGAGGCUGCACGCACGGCCACAGACGCCCCAGCUCGGCGCUGCCCCGAGAUGCCCCCAGGACCUGGAGCGGCUGUCGAGGUCAGCUCGAGUCCAAGCUGGGUGCCCCCGCCCCGGCCGGCAGCCAGCGAGCCGGCCAAGCAAACCAGUGACUUCCUCCCAACCUGAUUUUAUUAAAUAUUUCUCUGCCCUGGAAAA